AUGUUAACUGCAGGCCUCGUGGUCGGACUGCUCGGUGCCCUCAUCUCGGCUCAGCGAGCGGAGCUCCUCAGUGCCGCUGUUGGAGGCUCUGUGCUGGUUCCCUGUAAACUCCCAGUUCCAACAAGGCCAAAGUGGUUUUACUGGCAGGAGGAUGGGACUGAAAACAUUUUGAUUCAUUGUGAACGAACGUGUAAACAAACAACAUCUGAAGUCUACAGGAACAGAGUUACAGUCUUUGCUUCUGAGUUUGGAUCGGGGAACAUCUCCAUUAAACUUCACAGUGUUACAGCUGCAGACGACCAGAAGUCGUUCUGGGUCAUGGCUUCCUUCAAAGACAGACAUGAGCGCCUCUGCAACUCAAUACUGCAGGUUUCAGCUCCCUACAGAGAUAUAAACCUGACCAUUGACACAGCAGACACUGCGACCUGCACAGCACGUGGAGGAUACCCUGAAUCCAGCGUGUCAUGGUCGGGUCAAAACACGACCAGUGGUGAAUAUGUGGACCUGCAUGAAUACAAACCGACCCACGAGAGGGACGCAAAGGAUGGAACCUUCACUGUGAGGAGCUCCGUCAGUGUGAAGGAGCUGGUGUCUGUGACCUGCCGCAUCACCAACCCUCGCUCCAACCAAAGCAUCAACACCACCACAAAGAUGGACAGAGAUGGUGCUGGCUGCAAAUCUGGCUAUGAAUCCAACGGACAACUUAAUGGAGAUCAGCCAGGAGGUGAAAACCAUGCAGACCAACAAAUGGAGCUCCAAGAAGAAUCUCAAGAGGCAGCAAAUGAAGGGAGCAGAGACGACGAGUUCCACAGGAUGAAGAUGAUGCACAUCGAGACAACGAGGACCAAAACCUUCUAGAUGGAGCAGAAAACCAGGAGCACCGCCCUGCAGGUGGUGCAGAGCAAGGCGGAGGCAGCGUGCACGCAAACACAGACUAAACUGAGGAUGGGUUUAUUGUUCGACUGCACUCACACACGCUGUGAGCAAGACGACGGCUGUGCGGCCGACACACCAGAGGCGUCGGCAGAGUCGUUUCCUGAAGAGUUUAAACCUUUUUAUUUGCACAGUUCAGUUUAAAACGACCUGUUAUUGGCUCUUUCUUAGUGCCAACGAGUUCUUCUCCAGGCUGACUCAGUGAAACCUACAGUAAAACCAAUGAACGAUGCAGAGAGCGGGCGGUGCUGUCACCACUGUGUGAACAUCAAAAUGACCGAAAAUGUUCUGUUUGAGCUCUGCUUUUGCCUCAAGACGCCAAGAACGAUGAAACGAUCAACUGUGCGCCGGUGAAGCUGCUGUGACUGACUGAGCUCAGCUUUCCUCAAGCAACAAAACAAGGAUUUUGCGUCUUUACUGUUUUCCAGCUGAACAGGGUCCGAUCAGCUGCACUGUUUUCUUGUUUGUCACUUUAUUUAAAGAUUGUGAACUUUAAGAGUCUACAAUCCAGAAUUUCAUAACUUAAUGCUGUUUUAGAUGUUAGCUGACAUCUGCUGUAUGCUGUAAAUACAGAUUAAAGGAGGCUGAAUCCA